UCAAUUUAUCUUUACAACAACAACAACAACUUAGAAGCUACGCGCACUCAGAAAACGACCUGAAACCCCCAAUGUUUUCUUUUUUCCUCUCCCUCUCGCUGUCUGUGUCUCUCACUCGCUCGCACAUGCACCCAUUCAAGAGAAAAAGCAAAAGCUAGAAGAUCGAAGACGUGUAUAUAUAUAGAUACAUAUACAUAUGAAGGAGCUUUUCUUUUAGAAUAAACGGACGUACUUGCGCCAGUAGAUUCUUCUGGGCAGAUCAUGGAGAAUAAGCUUACGGGUUUGAGCCACCUCUUCGUGACGGUUUUCCUCUCGACCUUCGCUAACUUCAUGGUGGUUCCGUCCCUCACCGACGUCACCAUGUUCGCUCUUUGCCCCGGUCAAGAUGAGUGCUCCCUUGCAAUUUACCUCACCGGUUCCCAACAAGCGAUCAUAGGAUUGGGAGCAAUGAUAAUUACCCCCGUAAUUGGGAAUCUGUCGGACGAGUACGGGAGGAAAGUCUUGCUCACCGUCCCCAUUACACUCUCCAUCAUUCCACUAGUAAUAUUGGCAUAUAGCAGGACGACCAACUUCUUUUAUGCCUACUUCGUGCUCAGGACUCUCACUGCCAUGGUCUGCGAUAGCAGCACCAACUGCCUUGCUCUUGCUUAUGUGGCAGAUAAAAUUCCAGAUGGAGAACGGGCUCCAGCAUUUGGAAUUCUAGCUGGGGUAGGUUCAGCUGCGUUUGUAUGUGGAACCUUAGCGACUCGUUUUCUCUCCACUGCUUCAACAUUUCAGGUUGCUGCAUUCGUGUCAAUCCUUGCAGCCAUUUACGUGAGAGUUUUUCUUGAGGAAAGCAUACCCAAUGAAGUUGGAAUAAGGCAACCGAUCUUGAGGGGAGCUCCUAAUGUUAUUAAAGAAGGUGUUGAAUUAGAAAAGACUACACAGGUCUUUAAGAGGUUUCCAUCGCUGGGGGAUCUGAUUAGAUUGAUGAAGAUUAGCAGGACAUUUUCGCAAGCAGCAGUUGUUUCAUUCUUCAAUAGUCUUGCAGAUGGUGCGAUAAUAGCUUCGUUGCUGUACUUCUUAAAGGCUCGUUUCCACUUCAACAAAAACCAAUAUGCUGAUCUAAUGCUAAUUGUUGGGGUUUCAGGGACCAUUUCACAGCUAAUUUUCAUGCCCAUGUUGGUACCUAUUAUUGGAGAGGAGAAGCUGCUUUCCAUAGGUCUCUUAAUGGGCAUUACAAACAUGUUUUUAAGCAGCAUAGCUUGGUCAGUUUGGGUUCCUUAUGCCACUACUGUGUUUUCCAUCUUUACCGUCUGUGUGCAACCAAGCUUACGCAGCAUCGUUUCAAAACAAGUUGGGCCCAUCGAGCAGGGGAAGGCUCAAGGAUGCAUUUCAGGCAUAAGUUCCUUUGCCAACAUCGUUUCUCCAUUAAUUUUUAGUCCUCUAACAGCUUUAUUCCUAUCUGAAGAAGCACCAUUUCAUUUCCCUGGUUUCAGUAUCAUGUGCAUUGGGUUUGCCAUGAUGAUUGCCUUCAUUCAGAGUAUUAUGAUAAGGGGAGUUCCUUCAAGCCACAAAGCUGAAAAUAACAACAGCACAGACUCGGAGGCCUAGUUCUUCAGAAUUUGGAUAUCUAUUCUAACAUAACAGAACUCUCUCUCUAGACUUCAUCUUGCCCUCUUUUUCUUUCCGGGCCCCUCAUAAGUACAUAGAACAAACCUAAAAAGAAGAGAGAUAAUAAGAACUCUAAAUAUAUUUUCACACUUGCACUCAGAACAGGACACCUUAUAAUCUCCAGAAUAUUCUCAAAAGCUUGUAAGCAACUAAAGGUCUUCUAUAAUUAGGAAGCAGAAACAUUAUGCAUUCAUGUGAGUCGUACAAUCUUGUGGGUUGGUUCAGACUUCAGUAGGACUGUAUAAUUUCUGGUCUCAUAUGUAAAUUUUUGUAUACUAAACAUUGUGUAGGUUAUCAAUUUCAAAACAUGGGGAUCUUCCCUGCUAUCUCUGAAUCAAGUUCUAUCUGGUGAUAGAAACCAUGUCUAU